CCCCUAUCUUCAGCUUCAGUGAGAAAAUCGUUUAUCCGAACGGAGCAGAGAUGUUCGAUUCUACGCCCCUUCACUGCCCUUUCACCACGAUUUGCCCGUUGCUGCAACACAGUUGCCAUUACAACUCUUCAAUUUCCACAAAAUUCCGCCCCCCCACCUCAACUUGUCUCUUAUCCAGGCCUCUGGACCAAUGGGGUUUCCUGUUUUUGCGGUGAAGAGGUUGGGGAAAGGUGGCAUUGCCCUCACUGAGCCAAGUGAUUCCGACAUUGGCUUUGAUGAAUUUUUCGAUGAGGGUGAGGAUAAUUUUCAGGACGAGGAUGAUAUUCUUUUGCCGUUAAAGAACACGAAAGAGUGGCAUGCGGCGAGGCCUCGUGGAUUUGGAGAAGGGAAGGUGUAUGAUACUUCGAUUGAAGACAACUUGCUACAAGAAAUGGAGCAGAUUAGGGAAGCUCAAGCUGCUAAUAUCAAUAAGCUCAAGGAUCAAUCUCCUUCUAAUCCCAACUCUAGUAGAAAUGUCGUAGAGAUAGCAGGGUAUGGAUAGACUUCUCGAGAUGGACUUAUUUUAAUUAAAGGCUCUGGAUCGACGUAUGCCUCUGCCACUGUGAUCACUAAUGGAGUCAAGUUAGGGCCCUAUGAACUCUAAGCUAAAUUAUGAUCCACGAAGUCAGGACCCUUAUAUUUGGGACCAUAGCUAUUAGCUACCUGAAAUCAGGCCAAAGUCUUAUAACAUGAAACUUAAAAGACCAAGGACUAUAGCGGUUUCCAUCCAUUCAAAGGAAUCUACUUAACAUCCCAAGGGAAUAUUCUUCAAUAGAGAAUUUUUAAAUCUUUUGUUGUGAGAAAAACACUAAAUCAUUUCCACUCUCCCCCUU